ACCGUACAGGGUUACAGGGUUACAGACACCACCUAAAACACUCCGCUUCCGGGACCAGCAGGCUAUAGCGAGACGCGGCGCGGACCACGCAGAAACGCCAACAGGGCUGUCUCGCGCCGCUUCCGUAGAGGAAGCUCUGGCAGGAUUUAGCAGCAUCCAGCUCAAACCGGAAGUAGGGGCGGAGCUAGUAAAGCGUCGGCUCUCCGUCAACGGAAGUGGCUGUUGGAGGCUCUAAGGUAGCUUUAAAUUCCUGCUGUCUCGAGAGCUCGCCCUUUACAGUUGGAGUCGCGUUUCGUGCGACGGAUGGCGGUGGACGUGAAGUCGCGAGCAAAGCGUUAUGAAAAACUGGACUUCCUCGGGGAGGGACAGUUUGCCACGGUUUACAAGGCCAGAGACAAGAACACCAACCAAAUUGUCGCCAUUAAGAAAUGUUUGUUUUUUUUCCCCCUCUACCAGAUUAAACUUGGACAUAGAUCAGAAGCUAAAGAUGGUAUAAAUAGAACAGCCUUAAGAGAGAUAAAAUUAUUACAGGAGCUAAGUCAUCCAAAUAUAAUUGGUCUCCUUGAUGCGUUUGGACAUAAAUCUAAUAUUAGCCUUGUCUUCGAUUUUAUGGAAACUGAUCUGGAGGUGAUAAUAAAGGAUAAUAGUCUAGUGCUGACACCAUCACACAUCAAAGCCUACAUGUUAAUGACUCUUCAAGGGUUAGAAUAUUUACAUCAACAUUGGAUUCUACAUAGGGAUCUAAAACCAAAUAACUUGUUGCUGGAUGAAAAUGGAGUUCUAAAACUGGCAGAUUUUGGCCUGGCCAAAUCAUUUGGGAGCCCCAAUAGAGCAUAUACACAUCAGGUUGUAACCAGGUGGUAUCGGGCCCCCGAGUUACUAUUUGGAGCUAGAAUGUAUGGUGUAGGUGUGGACAUGUGGGCUGUCGGCUGUAUAUUGGCAGAGUUGCUUCUAAGGGUUCCUUUUUUGCCAGGAGAUUCAGAUCUUGAUCAACUAACAAGAAUAUUUGAAACUUUGGGCACACCAACUGAGGAACAGUGGCCUGACAUGUGUAGUCUUCCAGAUUUCGUGACAUUUAAGAGUUUUCCUGGAAUCCCGUUACAACACAUCUUCAUUGCAGCAGGAGACGACUUGUUAGAUCUCAUACAAGGCUUAUUUUUAUUUAACCCAUGUACUCGAAUUACAGCCACACAGGCAUUGAAAACUAAGUAUUUCAGUAAUCGGCCAGGGCCAACACCUGGAUGUCAGCUGCCAAGACCAAACUGUCCACUGGAAACUUUAAAGGAACAGUCAAAUCCAGCUGUAGCAACAAAACGGAAGCGAACACAGGCCUUGGAACAAGAGGUGAAGCUUUAAACUUGUACAGGAAGAACAUGGAUGGGAGAAGUGGGAAGAGCAUGCAGGGAAUUUAAGGAGAUGAAGAUCAAAACUGGAGGAUGGUACCUCAGCUGAGAAAAGGGCAUAAAAGGCAAGUACAGAGUACUGAAGAACGGAAUUUUUAAAAAAAGAGUUGAAUUAAUAGGAAACAAAAAGAUUAGCUUAACCACAACUUCUAACAAGAGAAAGCAAAAACACUGACCAACUCUGUUAGCAUCUUAAAGACUUCCUGAGGAUUAUCCUGGUCUUCAGUCUUCUUAGAACUGUUUUCUGAAGGGAGCAUACCCAACAGUUUCUGCCCUAAGGUCUUCUUACUUCCUUGUGAUGGUAAUCCUAAAACUGAACAUGCAAAUCAACUGAAACAUAAAAACCCUCACUCAUAUACUUCCAGGAAAAGAGGUAAGUCUGAACCAAGGAUAAUUCAUUUGUAAAUCAGUCAAGAGGUGGUUCUCUUCUGGAGAAGUCUGGUGAGUCAGGCAUCAGUGUAGUGGGAAGAGAACACAGACUUGAGAGGCAGGAUGGCAAACGGAGGUUGAGUGGGUCACAGCGUAAGGACCCAGAGCAAUGCCCUGCCUGCCGCUCUACUCCUUGGCUCCCAGCGAUAGCUUCCCUCGAGAGAGAGCAUGCAGCCCACAUUACCAGAUCAUCUCAGUCUUCCAGAGGAAGCAGCAAUCCAGAUGUGUGUGUGAAGUCUUCCAGUGUUAAAUGUCAGCCACUUACCAACAUUAUUUGACAACACUAUGUAGACCCAACAAAACAUGUCUGCAGGCCACAAGUGGUCUCUAAACCAUGCAAAUCCUGCGUUAGAGGAGAAAGACCUGGACUUGAAUCCUCAUUUAGCCCCAUACUCAGUGACCUUGGACAAGGUCUCUGUGCUUUUUUUCUUGAAUGAGAAUAAUAGCCUCCAUGCUUCAGGAUUGCUGUGUCAUUAAAUAAUAGAGCAUAGGGGCUGGGAGAAGGGAGUGGACAGUUAGUGUUUAAUGGGUAGUUUCUGUUUGGAAAGAUGAAAAAGUUCUGAAGAUGGAUGGUCUUGAUGGGUACACAACAAUGUGAAGUUAAUGUUAUUUAAAUAUGGUUAAAAUGGGGGAUGCCUGGGUGCCUUGGUCUCAGCUCAGGUCUUGAUCUCAUAGCCAUGAGUUCAAGUCCUAUGCUGGGCAUGAAGUCUACUUAAAGUUAAAAAUGGUUAAAAUGGUAAAUUUAUGUAUAUUUUAACACACACAAAAAAAAAAAACAUGUAGCCCAGGUACUGACCUAAUGUUUAAAAGUCCAGAUCUUGAAAUGUGUACACUGAUGAUGUUCUUUAUAGAAAGGAUGCAGUUUUAUAGCAGAAGGUACCAAAAUUGUGGAUUUAUACAAAGAAAACAUCAAGAAUGCCUUUGGAAUGCUCUGCAAAUGGUCUAAUGGAAAACGGAGAACAGAUAAAAGACAAUUCCCUUUCCACACAAUCCUGAUAAACCACAGCUACCGGGGCUCACUCACUGACCUCUUCCUCAAGCAACUUCGACAAAAGGAGAAAAGCCAGACAAGUUGAUGUGCUCAUUAGCUUUGAUGAGUGAAUGAAUCUGCAUCUCUAUUUGUAGUCUUAAGAAA